CAGUCUAUUCAACAAAGGCAGCGUAUGGAGACAACACAGUGACUGAAACAGCCAGCAGGAAGGUCAAUCCCAGGAUUGCGCUCGAAACCCCCGCAGCGUACGAGGAUGGGGAAGAGAAGGUUGCAGACAGCACGGUGGAGGAAACAGCGAGCAGGAAGGUUAUAACAAGGAUUGUGCAAGAGACCCCCACAGUGUACGGGGAUGGGGAAGAGAAGGUUGCAGACAACAUGAUGGUGGAAACAGCCAGCAGGAGGGUCAAUGCGAGGGUUGCGCAAGAGACCAGUGGCGUUACCACAACGGUGUUGCUGGGUGCGGCGCGGUUGAGCUUCAGCAAGCAGCGCUGCAUGAGCGUUGGCAAGAAGGCGGGGCGGAAGAGCGUGAAAGUGUGGUGGAACGGCCGUGGGGGCUCGAGCAGCGUGGGUUCGGGUGGCGAGGCGACAGGUGUCGCGUGCUCACAGGUCAAGUUUUUUGGGAAACGCGGCUGCCAGGGCAAGGUGGUGGAUAGCAUGGUCAACCCGGGCACAACUGACGCCAUGUUCCCCAGCAGCGAGAAGAAGCUUCGCAAGGGGGCUUCAGUGGCUUCUGUCCAGUGCGAUGUCCCCGAACAGCAGCAGGAGGAGGAAGAGACUCCGCCAGAGGUUAUCAGAGGGUGUGAUUCCGAAGACCCUGCGUGUGACGCGUUGGGCUGUGGGCCUGGUGGCAAAUGUGAGGUGGAUCAAAACGGAGAGCGCUACUGCAAGUGGGACUCACCCUGUGGCAUCUGCCCCGCUGGAGCCACCUGCAAGACCGUGCCUGCCAAGUACUACCCGUCGGUGCCGGUGCCUUACUGCGCAUGCCCUCAAGGCUCUGGGAUAACCGAGACCAAGUGUGUUGCGGGUUGGGCUUCCGAGGUCUCUUCAUACAGCAUAACUGUAAUCGCAAAUCCAACAGCCAAGGACAGUUCAUCCCAGCCCUACACCUUACGCCUCAACCUGAGUGACUGCACUCAACUCCCAGUUGCAGUAGCUGGCCAGUACAGGACAAUAUACAGUGUUGAAAACACUGAUGAUGCUCCGAAAUGUGCCAGUAUCGAGUAUUUCUCAACUGAUAACUGUGAAGACGAUCCUGUCCGUGGAGGCCCCUUUGCAACCCCGCCGCCGUUUGUUGCAUAUUUUGAACC